AGUGCGAGCAAAUCGCAGUUGGCUGUGUGUGACUGUGUCGAGUGACAGGAGAAGAUUUUGCUCGUGAAAACCCAAAGUGAAGAAAAAGUUGUCCGAAACCCCCUCGAAUUUCCGGCGAAACCAGUGCACUGCGAAUCCGUUCCGACGCUCGGAACUAUCUGCGGGGACGUGCACAUUCGUGUUGUGCGAUAGCAACUGCCAACAUUAUCCCGAAUCAACCGAUUUUCAAAUGGCUGAUCAUGUUGGGUCCCGUGGCGGGGGUGCAUCCGGUGGCGGAGGAGGUGCAAUUGGUCCACAGCACUUCGAAGGCAGCAUAGAGGACAUCGACCGGCAGCUGGAGGCUCUUGACCAGGAAAGUGACUCGGACUCGGAAUCGCUGGAGGAAUUGGACGCGUGCGAAAACGUCGAAGUGGUGAGCCGUGCCGGAGAUCACGACGAAGCUGGAUCCGGCCCGACACUGGACGUAACGGUUCGCUACACGAUCUGUCUGUUUUGCAAGAAACCGUUCCAGCUGAAGAAGGAACUGAAGAAGCACCUGUUUGAACACAUGAAAAAUCUCAAACCCAUGAAGGAGAAAAAGAUCGUCGAGAAGAAGUUCAAAUGUCACAAGUGCUUCAAGACCUACACCGAAAUGGCUCGCGCCGAAAAGCACAUGGGCAAGUGCAAGAAGGUCUCCAAGCUGCUGCUGGACAUGAGCAAUACGACCCCGGACGGCAACCGGAUACUCGGCGGCGGUACCGGGGACUACGAAGGCGGAGGAGUGGACAAGAAGAAGGGCGGCGGCGGCGGAAAAUUCCGUGAACCUACCUCACCGCGGUCGCUGGUAUUCGACCCGGAAGCCGAGCAGGACGACCGGUGGGAGCAGCGCGAACGAAACACGGUGGUGCACUUUGACGAGCGGAACCUGGCGCGGGGUGGCAGCACCGACGAUUCACCGACGUCACCGCCGGCCGGCAGUGGCGGCCAUCAGCAGUUUCAGAGGUGUAAGUAACGUGGCGUAUGACGCCUACCGAAAGACCAAGGAGUGAUCGCUGGAGGAAGAGCUUCCCGCUACGGUCGCCGUCGCAGCAGCAGUGACCGCAAGUCCCUAGGUUUAAGUACCCCAUCCGUACAGUAUAUAUAAUUAAAUAGAAAGUUGUAAGUUUCCUGCAUAUGUGUGUGAGAAUUUGGGGGUUUUGAAAAUAGGGGGAAUUUUGGAUUAUCACAGAAAAAACACACGCACAGAUGCAUCCGGUUGAAUAUUGUAUAUCAAACUCAUGCUCCAAUUAUGAUGUGCAUGUGUGAAUUUGAUUUUUUUUUCUCGCAAAAACGAGCUAGAAUAAGACAGCAGAAAAUAGUGCAGAGUAAUGACUGAGGUAAAGAGAUGUAAUUAAAUACAAACAACAAAUAUUGCAGAACAAUGGACUCAGGAUUAACAAAAAUUAAACAUAACCACACGCAUAUAUGCAUCAAACAAAUUGAUUUAGGCAAAGUAAUGAAAUAUUCAGCCCCGUUAAAAAUAUCCUUCUUGCGAUAACAGUGUUGUAAUGGUUUAAAGUGCUAUGGGAUAAGUUAAACGUUAAAAUAAAAUAUUACUUUUAUUUAUUUAAAUUGUUAGUAAGAAUUGUGAUACUUGCCACAUUUAUUAAUUAUGAUAAUUAACGAACCUAUAAAAAAAGUAUAUGUAAGGGAGCAAUUUCACUAACCUAAACAAAAAAUCAUACAUUAAACUUAGUGUUUUCGAAGUGCUUCGUUUUAAAACACCACGAUUGAUUCGAAACACGUCGGCACAUUUUUCCUCUAUUUUAAUAUGUUACGCGAAACAAAUUCACACAAAAUCACUGGUUCAAAAUUGCACCCCAUGAAAAAAACAAAAACUUGAGACAUUUUCUGCAUUUUGUUUUCGGCUCAAAUUCCAGGUCCAUUCACUCACAAACUAUUACCUUAUGCAACUAUUUUCAAACGUUCUUUAUCAACAAUGCGGUAACCAAGGAACGUUUGAAAAUAUUUGCAUUAGCCUCAAAAUAUGCAAUCAAAUUUUAAUGGUAACCUCAGCACGGUGAAGAAAGGGCGAGCGUCUUUGGAACGGUUGGACCUGCAGCCAUUCGAAACGGUCCGACGGUUUUGGGGAUGUCCGUUCUUCAGCGAAACAAACAGAAAUAUAUAUAUGGUAAAUUCAAGACUCUCGAUACAAUAACUAAAACUAGAGAUAGCAUCUGAAAUCUGAAAUAUCUUUAUCAAGUCCUAACCGAUACAUAUAGUCAACGUACUUUGUAUAACAGAAUUACACAAUCUGAGAAUAUGUUUCCGUUAUUUCCUAACCUUCAACUACACACGAAAACAUAAAAGCAACAAAAACUAGAAUAGAUACGAAACUCAAUAAAACCAAGAGCAAAUGAAUGUCUUUUUGAUUCGACUAUUGUUGAAAUGCGCUCUAAUGCUCGUUUCAAAAUACAGAUGGCGACAUAACUGUUGAAAAGACGUCCAUUUGCACUUGCUGGAACACACACACACACACGAACAAGCAGGACGAGCAGCUACAUUUAAAUAGCUUAUAAUAAACGACUACAGCAAAGCGGCUAGCGGGAGUGAACACGGAAUGGAAUAAGCAAGCAAACAAUAAGCAAGAUUUGUGUCUGUAUAGUGCGAUAAGUCAAGCGGAUAAUAUACACACCACAGCAUUGAAGAAUUACGAUGAAUGAAUUAUUAAGGUUUUAACUGGAAGCUCUAGCAAUUAUCACGGCAGGUGAGCUGAGAAAUGUGCAGCAAAAAUAUAUAUAUCUAUCAGAAUGCGAUCAACAGUCAUUUUCUGUCUAAACAGCAUAUUAACGUAAAAAAAGGACUAAUACUAUAUAUAUAUAUAUUCUAGAAGGGGAAGGGUAGUGUGGUGAGAGCGCGCACGCGUGACUUGUGAGUAGAAUGAGUGAGGCGCGCACUUGGUGUUCUAGAAGAGAGAGAGAGAAAGCCAGUGUGUAAAUGUUUUAGACGUAUAUUUAUAAUCUAUUGGUACUAAAACUUUUUCCCGAAAUCCAACAAAGAGAAAAUCACUUCCUUGGGACAACUUGUUGCAUUUGUUUUUUUUUUAUAAAAAUAUUUUCAUUUCUCGGUGGAACUUAUUGUUCUAUUCUGUAUGCGCGCAUUUAGUUCCUUCCGAACGCUUUUAUGAAUGUAUUUGGGCAUAUGUUCGUGCUAAAUCAAACCAAACAAAAAUUAAACAAAAAUCUUCUCAAAAUUAACCAAACGCUAAACAAUGUUGCUUUGAUGUCUAUCGAUACGAGUAAAAUUUUUAGCAGAAAUCAAACAAAUCGGCAAUGGUUCAAGCUGAAACGCAAAACACCCAAUUAUAAGAGGCAAACAUAAGAUUGUUGAACAAAAAACUAUAUAAAAAGCAAACCCCAAUUUGUGUGUAGAACCUAACGGAAUGCUCUUGUCUUUGAAGAAGAAGAAAAAAACUAACAAUUCAUUGGCAAAAUGGUACAUGAAUAGUGACGGUGUGUACGAAGCAAGAAAAUACCAAUGGAGUAAACGGCAUAAGUCAAAUGGCGGGAGAGGUUUUUGAAGCAGAAGGAAAAGUCUAAACAAAGUCCAGGAGUGAAAACCCUUGUUAAUGUGAACUUCUUUUUCUCGAAUGUAUUUAAUAAAUUAUGCAUAUGAAUUCAAA